AUGAAGCAGACACACAGUUACACAGCCUCCCAUUACGUGAAUGAGAACGGCUUCCCCUUAAGCUGGAUGUGCCGUUGCUGUAUCACCAGUGGUGCCACCAGUGGCUUAAGGGAUGAAAUCGAAGAGCAUCACUUGCGCACCAAAGUUCAGCCUGGCAAGAUCAUCGGUCGCCCUGCUGGGCAUGUCGCAUACCCCAAGCGAGCAACCAUGCAAUACCAGCCGCAAUCCCCCGACACGACGCAGCAGAAUUCGCAGACAGGCGAGCAGAAGGAGGCGACUGAAUCGACGUCGCACUCUUGA